AUGCACGAAAGUGGGCUUUUCUUGUCUGCACCACCCUCUGCCAGCCAAUUCGCAACGCGUUUCACUGACCUGACCUAUAACAGGGUCAAAAUGACCCAGCCAAGUCACUCUUGGUACGAAAACUCGUGCGUAAUUAGCGAUGAACUGAACCACACGAGCCUCAUCCUCGGCUGUCGACUUUCUGGUGCAACGGUCCUUCGCUUCAAACACAACGACAUGCAGGACUUGGAACGCAUUCUUGCUGAUGCCGUGGUCUAUGGACGCCCACGCAGUCGGCGUCCGUUCUCGCGAAUUUUCAUCGUAAUCGAGGGCAUUUACAGGUACUUGAAUGGCUACUUGUCGUGGUGA